UGCGGCGUGGGGUUUCCCGGAGCCGAGCGCAGGGUUACCGCGCCCAUCGCUCUUCCUUCAUGGCCGCUGGAAGACGCUGAGGUGUGGGAGACGCGCGAGAGAGUGUGGCGAGGGUGCGAGAGAAAGACAGCAAGCUUAGGGAAGCGGCGACGGGCUGGAGACAGCGCAGAGCGAAGGAAAACGCCGGCAGAGGCGCUACAUUGGAGAGAUCGGCGGGCUGUCUCUCUGCAGCAGUGCGCGGUCCCGCUCCGGGGAGUGCCGCCCCUCUCGAAUUGAAGAGCGCUGAUCGCCGGUGGAUGAGCAGCACAGCGGAGGGUCUGUCUUCGGUACCACCGGUCAAUGCAUUGACACAACGGACACCCUCAACUGAAACGGAUCAGCCAGUGUUGUGCCGGCCAGAGUGAAGCCUACCAUUUAGCAAAGGAAGAUGAGUGAACUCGAUCAGCUGCGCCAGGAGGCCGAGCAGCUCAAGAACCAGAUCAGAGAUGCCAGGAAGGCCUGUGCAGAUGCUACUUUAUCUCAGAUCACGGCAAACAUAGAUCCUGUUGGCCGAAUCCAGAUGCGCACUCGACGAACACUGAGAGGCCAUCUGGCUAAGAUCUAUGCCAUGCACUGGGGUACCGACUCUAGGCUCCUUGUCAGUGCCUCCCAGGAUGGAAAGCUAAUCAUCUGGGACAGUUACACCACUAACAAGGUGCACGCCAUCCCCCUGCGCUCUUCCUGGGUUAUGACCUGUGCCUACGCACCCUCUGGGAACUACGUUGCCUGCGGAGGUCUGGACAACAUCUGCUCCAUCUACAAUCUGAAGACCCGCGAGGGCAACGUACGAGUGAGCCGCGAGCUGGCCGGGCACACAGGUUACCUGUCUUGUUGUCGUUUCCUGGACGACAACCAGAUUGUGACGAGCUCUGGCGACACCACCUGUGCUCUCUGGGACAUUGAAACCGGCCAGCAGACAACCACGUUCGCGGGCCAUACCGGUGAUGUCAUGAGCCUGUCCCUGGCACCCGAUACUAGGCUAUUUGUCUCAGGUGCCUGCGACGCCUCUGCCAAACUGUGGGAUAUCAGAGAAGGCAUGUGUCGACAGACCUUCACUGGCCACGAGUCUGACAUCAAUGCCAUCUGCUUCUUCCCCAAUGGCAAUGCUUUUGCCACGGGCUCAGAUGACGCUACCUGCAGGCUGUUUGACCUGCGGGCUGACCAGGAGCUGAUGGUAUACUCCCAUGACAACAUCAUUUGCGGAAUCACCUCUGUGGCGUUCUCCAAAAGUGGCCGCCUGCUUUUGGCUGGAUACGAUGAUUUCAACUGCAACGUUUGGGACACCCUCAAGGCAGACCGUGCAGGUGUUCUGGCUGGCCACGACAACCGUGUGAGCUGCCUGGGCGUAACGGACGAUGGCAUGGCUGUCGCCACAGGCUCCUGGGACAGCUUCCUUAAGAUAUGGAACUGAAGUCUGGAGAUGAUAUUUGGAUUCAAGUUGACUGGAAGAUCAUUCCAACAUUAAAAUGUUAAAAUUCAUUGCAUAUCCAAUCUUCUCAAACGCCACAAAAGGACUAACUCCUACACCCCAACCUGCGAAGGGAAAGGCCUUUCUCUUCCUCCAAAAGAAGAGCACAAUCGUCUGUCGUCCAGCUAACAGCAGCGGAGACUUCCUGUGGUAUAAAAUGAAAAAUCAAGCGAAAUUGUGCAUUUAUUUUCUGGGACCAUUUUAUGUUUUUACCUUGAAAUAGAAAACAAAAACACUAUCAUCCCACACAAGUGUCAUGUAUCUUGAAAAAAAUGUUGGAGUGUAAUUGUACAAAAAUUGUUAGGUUUUUUUUUGUCUUUUUCUUUUCUCUUAAUCCAAGGAUUAUAUCAGUGAACUCUGGUUUAUGUUAUAAGGAGAAUGAAAAUCUUUGUUUUAUCUCAGUCUUUUAAGUAUUUUAGAAUUGAGUUUGUAGAUAAGUUUAAAAUUAUCCAGCUUUAUCACAUGAGAAAAACAAUUUACUGCAAUCUAAAAGCGAGAGCUUUAUUAGAAAGUCCACAGUCAGCUUUCAGAGGAUACCAGUUCUGUAGGUUUAGUGUCAGGUGGUUUUAAAUUCUUUCCUUAUUUCUGUCUUGCCACACAAAGAAACUGUGUAUACUGAAUAAUGUUGAAGUGUCAGUUAACCAAGCACACGCUGAUCAAGGUAAUGAAUGCUUGUUUUUUAAAAAGUUAACAGUUCCUCAUAUUGUUAUUGGGUAGUGUAGAAUAAUUAAGAUUAACCCCCACCAGUCUGCAUUUUCUUGUAUUUGUUGGACCUGGGCUCAGUGUGAGGGAGCACUUAGAGGGAUGUGGGACUUGUACCUAGCGUCACCACUCUGGAACAUCCUGUUCUAGUGGAGGGAGUUCUUCCAUUCUUCGAAACACAGCUUGAACACUUAAUGUUGAAAUCAAUGACUGAAUAUCCUGCUGUGUUAAAAAUGAACUUGUAUUGUAUGGGUGAACCCAAAAUAAUUGCAUUCUGUGGAGUUGCUUCGUAAGGCACAUAUUGAGAGGAGCAUUUCUGUGGACUGUGACGGCUGCAUUGCAGCCCUGCCAUCGUAUUCUCUGCUGCGUACGCACCCUCCAGGGGCGCAGGCCAGCCAGGGCACCCCACGGACUGCCAGUUAGACAUCUGCUCCAAUCUCGGUGGUGGAAGCGCUCGCCUGUUAUGUCCACACCCGUCACGAGUUAUGGUGACACGAUACUAAGGCCGUUUCUUUUUCUUUUUUUUUUUGUUUUUUUUGUUAAUACUCUCCCUUGCACCAGCCCAUGUAUUCUGACCUUGCACCAGUCCAUACGCUCACACUCAGUCUCGUGUGCAUACAGCCACACUCGCACGCACACCCGAACACCGUCUCACACGCAUGCGCACAAAUAAAGCGCGAAAAAAUGUUCUGUAGCAAACUGUUUCCAGUACUGAAAAGUAUACUGCUAGAACAAUUUUGUAACACAGGUUUUUCUGGCGUUGUUUACUACAGAAUGCAUAAAUACAAACCUGACUCCCAUUUGAAGGGCGGAACUUUCUGUUCUUGUCUCGCCAUAAACGCACUCUUUAGCAGUAGCUGCAUCUCAUCUAUUCUGUUUCCUCUGCAACACUGUACAAAAAAGAUGUGACGUAAUUGUGCGUUAGGCCUGGCGUGUUUAAGAAAAAAAAAAAAAUUGAAUGAGACAAAUUUUUUCUUUCCAUGAGGUUACUUUAGAGCUGCACCACACUGUACCCUCUUCACCAUUUUGUAUUUAAUUUUAAAGUCUUUCAGUGUACUGCAGAAAGCUGGAUGCAAGAUAGAAACUAUAUUAAAAUGUACUGUUAUUUAAGAUGUAAUAAAACGCAGUUUGAGAUGUU